CGUCAUUCUCUCCCCCCGGUUUCCCCCUCUCUUUCCCCCUCUCCCCCACCAACUCAACUCACAAUGGCUUCGGGUUUCGGUCUUAACGGCGGUCCUUCCCGCUGCUUCACCUUCUGGCAGGAGGCCCUCGGCUGCUACGUGGUCAAUGCCGGGGAUGGUGAAUCCGGCAAGAAGAAGUGUAUGCCCGCUUUGGAAGAUUACUACGAGUGCCUGCACCACCGCAAAGAGGCUUUGCGAACGAUGAAAAUGCAGGCUGCCUACCGAAAGGCCGAAGCCGCCCACCCCCGCGAGAAUGCGCCCAAGGCCGAACAGAUCCGUAGCCUGGGGCUACUCGGGAAAGAGGAAGAGUCGGCGGCAUUAUUGGCCAAGUCCUAAGAAGGGCAAUGGAUAGAUGGUGUUGGUCGUUUUGCUGUUGCUCCUAUCAUCUGUGUUUUUUUAUAUCUCCGGAGUCCUUCGAUGUAUAGAAAUGGACCAUGCUUGCUGCAUGAACGCGACAGCUGAAGCCAUUCGAGGCUACUGUCUGAUGGGUUGUAUU